CCAUCCUAUGCUAGACAUAGAAUCCAUACUUUUCUCCUAUGAGUACGCACAGCAUCCUAUAAUUUCACCCACUCUUUCUCUCUCUUCGUGUUUUCAGAAAAGCACUCUGAGCUGUAAUCCGUUGUUUCCAAAAACUGAAGAUCUGUAAAACCCCUACCAAUUCCUCCCAGUUCCACCCUGUCUAUCCCUCAGAGGAUUGAGAAGAAUAGGACUUUGAUUGGUGUCCAAAUGGCGAAUCGGUUCAAAGAGGACGAGAAGAAUGAGAGAAUUAUACGGGGCCUACUUAAGCUGCCUGACAACCGGAGGUGUAUAAACUGUAAUAGCUUGGGUCCUCAAUAUGUCUGCAUUAACUUCUCAACGUUUAUUUGCACAACCUGCAGUGGCAUACAUCGGGAGUUUACACACAGAGUAAAGUCAGUAUCCAUGGCUAAGUUUACUUCACAAGAAGUUAGUGCACUACAAGGAGGUGGAAAUGCGAGUGCAAAGGAAAUUUAUUUGAAGGAGUUGGAUCCACAACGCAAUUCUCUCCCUGAUGGAAGUAAUGUAGAGAGGCUUCGUGAUUUUAUUAAGCAUGUUUAUGUGGAUAGAAGAUACACGGGUGAGAGGGGGUUCCCAAGAGGAAAGGGUGAAACUGAAGACCUAAAUGGGAACAGGAGGGUUGAUACUUAUCAGGGUAGCUCACAAAGCUCUGGCGGAAGAAGUCCUGAUCAGGACAAUCGGCAGUACAACGAUUACAAGAGAAGUCCCUCUGGUGAAGUAAUCAAUGACUGGCGGCGGGAGGAUAGGUUUGGGAAUGGUAGGAGACUUGAGGAGAGUCGAAAUUCUGAUGGUGGUUCUAAGGUUGAAGUCAAGUCACCUGAUCGUCGAAGUGAUAUGGACACACCGAGUCCCCCAAUGGUUCGACCUGUACGAGAUAUUCUUGGAGAGAAUGUUUCUCCUCUUCGAGUUAUUGAACCUCCAAAGGCUAACAGUAUCAGGCCUAUUGAUGCUCCUGUACAAACUCAGAGGACUGCUUCCUCCACUAGUUUGGCAUCCUCAAAUGGCAACCCAGCUGAAACUAAGACAGAAACUUCACUAAUUGAUUUUGAAGCUGUUCCUGAACCCCCACCAACUGCUGCAGUGCAACAAACACAACAAUUAGCUACAGCCAUCCCUGUAUCUCAACCAACGCCAUCUGGUGCUGACAAUUGGGCAAAUUUUGAGUCAGUGUCAGUGAAAGCACCUUCAAACACCAAUCCUCUGGACGUACUUUCAGAGUUGAUGGCUCCUGCACCACCCACCUCUACUCACUUGGGAGGGAGUCCUGCCAGUGCUGCUCCUGUUAGCACUUUGCCAGCUUCAAGCAGUUCACCUAUUCCAGCUGCUGUUCCUCCCUUGAGCAGUUUUGGUCCAACUGCGUUUCCUCCUGGUGGUGUUUCAGCUGUUGCCUCUGGACCAGCAUCAUUAUUGCAAGUUCCGUUUACACAUGUUACUGGAGCGCAAUGGUCCAGCAUGCAACCUCAGCAUCCUGGAAGCCAACCUCUUCCUGGGAACCAGCCUCAACAUGCAACCUCAGCUGCUUUCCCAGGUACUGGGAGCCCAUCUCUUCCUCAUCACUCAAUUCCAGUAGUUGGUGGACCUUCUGGGAAUCAGCCAUGGAAUCCGGCAGCUGCCCCUGGACUUUUAAAUACGGCAAAUGCUCAAGGUCCUCAAAUAGUAACUGAGCGUGCCUUGGAAGCCACUUCUGGUGGAAGAAAAGAACUCCCGGCGGAUUUAUUCACUGCAACCUAUCCACCCAUGUACGCGCCAAUGCAAGGCUGGUAUGCUGCUCCGCCACAUGGAAUUGGGUUCUCCAUGCCAUACAACAUGCAAGUGCAAACACCUACCCUUGUGCAGCCAAUAAAAUCAUCAAAUCCUUUUGACGCAACCAGUGAGCCCUCUCCUUUACAAGCUUCAACGUUUCCAUCAAUGGCUUCAUUACAAGGUGCACUGCCAAACGUGGGAGCUCCAACAGGCUUGCAUCGCACAUCCAGCCUUGGGACCCCUACGCCUCAUCCAUACAGAAUGCCUCAGCAGCCACCAUCUUAUGCUUCAACACAACCUCCAAAUGCAUAUAUGGGCCAAAAUCUAGCUGGUAGCAUGCCACAAAGGCCACGUGACCAAGCAUUAGGCUUUGGCCUUGAUGGGGCUGCGUUUGGAGCUAUGCAUACAAGUCAGCAGCUUGGUGGACUACAUGCAGCUCCUGCUGCCCAGAAUACCUUCUCUCCUCCUGCUGGGAACCCAUUUGGGUGAACAGCAGAAACAACUUGGUGAUUGCAUCAAUAAUUGCCAGGCUCUGAUAUAUCUCUUGUGUGUGAUGCCCCGAGUGGUGAGUGACUACAAUUACACAUCGAAAGUGUGAUUUAUGGGGCUAGCCGCAUGCAUCUGCGCCAACUGAUUGCAUUUUGUGCUGCACCUACAUGUGUAUUAUUGUAAUAGUUUUCGUGGGUGUUAUCCACUUUCCUCUUUAUUUUUAUUUUCUUUUUAUCAAUGUGUAUUAUUUUGAAGAUAGGAAUUUUUUUUUUCUUUGUGGUAAGUUUCUUUGAAUGAUCAAAUUUGAUUAUACAGGUUGUAUUGGUAGUACUGUAGAGAUCUACAUUCUUUUGUUUCGUUAUUUUGAAGUGGGAUGUGCAAGUAACGAAUUUGUCAAUAUAAGUAUGUUCCAAGAA